AAAAAACUGUGUCCGCCUCCUCAUCUACACCACAAACUCUACAAACUCCUCCGACUAUCAACAUGGGCUUCACCGAUCUCGUCUCCGACGCUGGCCUGACCCUCCUGAACAACUGGGUCAAGACUCGCAGCUACGUUCUUGGCUACUCCCCAUCGCAAGCCGACGUCAAGGUCUUCCAGCAGAUCAAGCAGAUCCCUGCACCAGAGAAGUACCCAUACGCAUGGCGCUGGUACAACCAUCUCCUCACCUUUGAGGGCGAGUUUGAUACCCUCCCCGGCGACCCCACAAAGGAGUUCACCGCCUACGGCCCAGAGGCCGGCGACCUCACCAUCAACCCCGCCAAGGCUCCUGAGAAGGAGGCGGAGGAUGACGACGAGAUCGACCUCUUCGGCAGCGACGAUGAGGAGGAUGACGCGGAGGCUGAGAGGGUAAAGGCCGAGCGUCUGGCCGAGUACAACAAGAAGAAGGCUGGCAAAGUAAAGCCUGCCGCCAAGUCUAUCGUUACCCUCGACGUAAAGCCCUGGGACGACGAGACGAACAUGGACGAGCUCAAGGCCAACGUGUUGUCUAUCGAGCAAGAUGGCCUUGUCUGGGGUGCGUCCCAGCUGGUGCCCGUCGGUUUCGGUAUCAAGAAGCUCCAGAUCAACUUGGUCAUCGAGGACGAAAAGGUCUCGUUGACCGAUCUACAGCAGCAGAUCGAGGAUUUCGAGGACCACAUCCAGUCCACCGAUGUCGUUGCUAUGCAAAAGUUAUAAAAGGGCUUUUAGUACUUCAAGUGGUAUCUUGAGCAUUUGACGAAUGGCAUGCCUGAUUAUGACGGAUAGGGUUGGGGACGACUUACGGUUUGACGUCUUUAUGAGCGUCUGCUAGACGGAAACAAUGAUGUGGUAAAAAUACCGCCUUCCUUUGUGGAAUCUAUACAUUCAUCGUCUGGCGACUACACCC